CACCAAGCCACACUUGAAACCGCAUGAACUCGACCCUCCGGUCUCUGACCUCAACAGCGAGCUUCCUCUUCUCACGAUCCUCUCUCCCAGCCUUCAAACCCGUCACUCUAUACACCACCACACGCCGGGGCACAUCCCGCCGCGCCAGACGAAAAAAGAUGGGCCUCCCAGAGCCAGAACAAACACCAGACUACACCAACUGGAGCGCUUCCCAACUACUCAAACGCAUCACAGACCUAGAAACACAACUCCGCAACAACCGCAUCGUGCCCGUCACCGACCCCUCCGUCACCGCAGCUCUCCCGCCGAAGAAGAAGCAAAAGAAAGAUCGACCUUUCGAUGCUAGUCGCUAUAACACCAGACAUAUUGCGUUGAAGUUUGCGUAUCUGGGGCAGAGGUAUAAUGGGUUUGAACAUCAUACUGGAAAUAAGACGCCGUUGCCUACGAUUGAGGAGGAGUUGUGGAAGGCGUUUAUGAAGACGAGGUUGAUUUUCCCGACUAGAGGGGCGGAAUUGAAGGAGGGAGAGAUUGAUUGGGAAGGAACGGAUUAUUCGAAAUGUGGAAGGACGGAUAGAGGUGUGAGUGCUUUUGGCCAGGUCAUUGGUAUCCGAGUGCGAAGUCUGCAGCCCAUGCCCAAGGAACAACCAGUGCAGGAAGAAGAGCAGGGAGACAAAAUGCAGGGAAUAGAGGGCAAUGCGAAAGAGCAGGGAAGUAAAGAGGACAAGAAACCAGAGUCGAAGCCUUGGGAUCACAUUCGCGACGAACUACCAUACAUUCAACUUCUCAACCGCGUCCUCCCCGAAGACAUCAGGAUGCUAGCCUGGUGUCCCACUCCUCCUACCGACUUCAACGCCAGAUUCAAUUGCCGCGAGCGUCGCUACCGAUACUUUUUCACUUCACCCGCUUUCGCACCAGUCCCAGGAGAUGCAGGUCUGAUGACCACAGCAACAGGCAAGACGUUGAGAGAAGGAUACCUAGACAUCGAAGCCAUGAGAGAUGCGGCAAAGCGAUAUGAGGGCCUUCACGAUUUCCGCAAUUUCUGCAAGGUGGAUCCGGCGAAACAGAUUACGAAUUUUGAGCGGAGGAUUUUCAAGGCCGGUAUUGAGGAGGUGGACGUUAGUCAGGCGCCUGCUGGCUUCAUCUCGCACCCGGCGUUUGCGCAGAGUGUGGGUGCUAAGAACCAAAUGGGUGGACAGGGUGAUAUGAGCAUUCCAAAGAUCUACACGUUUGAUGUGAACGGUUCUGCUUUCUUGUGGCAUCAAGUACGCCAUUUGGUCGCUGUCUUGUUCUUGGUUGGUCAAGGAUUUGAGCCCCCGUCGAUCAUCUCAGAUCUGUUGGAUAUGGAGAAGUAUCCAACGAGGCCAAAGUACGAGAUGGCAACAGAUGCUCCAUUGGUCCUCUGGGACUGCAUCUUCCCUGAUCAUGAAGAUAUCGACCAGAGUAGAGAAGACGCAAUGGAAUGGGUCUAUGUAGGCGAAACCGGCGGCCGUGAAACCAACAAGCGUCCUGAGAUGGACGGCGGAGACAGCAAGUUCGGCAAAGGAGGCAUCAUGGAUUCGAUCUGGGAGGUCUGGCACAAGCGAAAGAUCGACGAGAUCCUAGCCGGCAGUCUGAUGGACAUUGUCGCUGCACAAGGCAAGCGCUGUCCUGCAGAUGUGAAGCUAGCUCCCGUGGCUGAGAGAAGUCCAAGACUCUUCGAUGGUGGAGACUGGCCUAGACCUGUAGGCACAUACGUCCCUAUUGCUCGCAAGCAAAGGAUGGAGCCAGUUGAGGUGGUGAAUGCCAGAUAUCUGGAGAGAAAGGGCCCAUACAAGCCCAAGUUUAUGCGCAAGGAAGAUGGCGAUGAGUAGAUAGAAGCCAUGACUCAAGAUUUGGGCUCAUGCAGACAUGAUCUUGCACCCCUCCAAACCUCUUCCAGAAUCUUUCUCCUAGGAAGGAUGCUCUGUCACAUCUGUCAGCAUUGAAAGAUGUAUGGAGACGUAGAAAGAAACUCACUGGGAAGACUACCACGACAUCAUGUUCACCCUCAACCACGAUGGCAAGAUAGAACCUCACUUCAAAGCCUUUGAAAGCCUCG